CGAGAGCCUUGGGAGGGAGUGGUUCAGUGCUCUGUGUCCUUCACGGUCGUGAUGAGUGUUACCAUCGUCUUCAUUUCGUUUCUGCUUGUGUAUCUCCUUCACUACUUCGUGAAGAAGCUUCUGAUUUGGUCCAAACUUCCACCGGGUCCAUGGGGUGUACCGUUCCUGGGAUCCGUCCCCUUUCUCGGGGCGAAGUACCCUUACUACAAGAUGGAGGCCUGGAGGAAGAAAUACGGAGAGAUCUUCACGAUCAGCCUCUUCCACAAGGAGAUCGUGAUCCUCAACGACUGGGAACUCGUGCGUGACUACUUCGGACGACUGGAGGUCUCGGGUCGACCCGACAACCUCAUCGUCCGCCAAAUCACCUCCGGCAACAUGGGCAUCAUAUCCGCGCAGGGCAGCCUGUGGCAGGAGAACCGGCGCUUCACCAUGCGGAUCCUGAAGGACUUUGGCUUCGGGAAGAGGGAAGCCAUGGACUCCAUGAUUCAAGACUCGGCCAUCGGCCUCUGCCAGCACCUCAAGGAGAAUCAGAGGAGACCGCAGGAUCUCGGCCCCCGUCUCAAUCUUGCCGUUCUGAACAUCAUCUGGAAAAUGACUGCAGACAAGCAAUUUUCUCACGACGAUGCGAGGAUGCAGGACUUCAUGAAUCGACUCAAAGAAGUAUUGUCGGAUUCCGGGAUCGUCGGAAACUUCCAAUGGGUUCCCCUGUUUGUGUACCUUUGGCCGCCUGCACUCCGAGCGUCUCGACUCAUCGAUCACAACAUGGCAGCCAUCGCCAAGAUAUUCUCGAAUGAAUUGAAAGAGCACCAGAAAAGCCUAGCAUCGUCCGGGCAACCCAAGGAUUUCAUCGAUUCCUAUCUCACGGAAAUGGCUCAACAGAAGGAACGAGGGGAAAUCAAUCCCAAUUUCUCUGAAUUCGAAUUGCGAGUGAUCAUCUCGGACCUGUUCAUCGCCGGGAGCGAGACGACGGCCAACACCAUCCGUUGGUGCGUCCUGUUUCUCCUCUGCCAUCCCGAAAUUCAGGAGAAACUCCAGGCCGAAGUCGACAACGUUGUCGGGCCCGACAGACUUCCUUCGCUCAACGACCGAGACAGAUUGCCCUACACGCAAGCUUUCAUCAUGGAAGUGCAGCGACUCGCGAAUCUGGUGCCGUUCGGGGUGCCCCACGUGGCGACCGAAGACGUGGAGAUCGGCGGCUAUUUCUUCCCGAAGGGGACGGCGUUCAUGGCGAACCUUUAUUCGUGUCACAUGAAUCCCAAGUUUUGGCCCGAUCCCGAAAAAUUCGAUCCCGGAAGAUUCCUCAAUCCAGAUGGAUCCUUGAGGACAAAAGUUCCCAGCUUCCUUCCGUUCGUCCUCGGGAAGCGUCAAUGCCUUGGAGAGUCCUUGGCCCUCAUGGAACUCAUCUUGUUCGUGACCAUCUUCAUGCAGAAAUUCACAUUUCGCACCACAACGGGACGUCUUCAUCCCAAAGCCGAGGCUGUUGGAGAUUUCAUCGUGAACCCGCCCAAACCCUUCCAAUUCAUUGUCGAGGAGAGGAAGCAUUGAAGUGUUUGUCUUCCCGAUUGAGAAAUCUUUGGCAAUUUUUUUGGUAACUUUUUGAAAAUUGAAGGCCAGACUUUUCUCUUGACAUUGUUUACAUUGCUAAUUGAUAGUUGGAUGAUGUGCAUUAUUUUAUCGUGCUUACUAUUGCAGG